GAGCCGCGGGGGACGCGGGCGGCGCGAUGGACGAGGAUCUGGUGGUGGCGCUGCGGCUGCAGCGGGAGUGGGACGCGCGGGCCGCGCAGCGGGAGUGGGACGCGCGGGCCGCGCAGCGCGAGGCGGCGCGGGAGCCGCCGUCGCUGGUGGACGCGUCCUGGGAGCUGGCGGACCCCACCCCGGACCUGCAGGCGCUGUUCGUGCAGUUCAACGACCGUUUCUUCUGGGGCCAGCUGGAGGCCGUGGAGGUGAAGUGGAGCGCGCGCAUGACGCUGUGCGCUGGAAUUUGCCUCUACGAAGGAAGAGGUGGAAUGUGCUCUAUCCGUCUCAGUGAACCCCUCUUAAAGUUGAGACCAAGAAAGGAUCUUGUAGAGACCCUCCUGCAUGAGAUGAUACACGCCUAUUUGUUUGUCACUGAUAAUGAUAAAGACCGGGAAGGACACGGUCCCGAGUUCUGUAAACACAUGCGUCGCAUCAACAACCUUACCGGAGCCAAUAUAACGAUCUACCACAGUUUCCAUGACGAGGUGGAGGAGUACCGGAGGCACUGGUGGCGCUGUGAUGGGCCAUGCCAGUACCGGCAGCCCUACUACGGCUAUGUCAAGCGCUCCACCAACAGGGCACCCUCCUGCCACGACUACUGGUGGGCAGAGCACCAGAAGACCUGCGGAGGCACAUUCAUAAAAGUCAAGGAACCCGAGAACUACUCCAGGAAAGGCAAAAGGAAGGGGAAAGUAGACCAACAGCCAGGCUCUGCAGUGGAGAACAAAGGUGAGCCCCGGGGAAGGGCGGCCCUGCCGCUGGUCCCCUUCAGUGGGAAAGGGUAUGUUCUCGGGGAGACGCGCCCACUCCCAGCUGUCGGGACACCCACCACCUCACGCACCAUUUGUGAAGAAGCCUCAGGCCACUCAAGUCUGGAUAGGACAGCAGAUGUGCGAAGACCUGACCCCGGCACCCACGUCCGCGUGGAGUUGGACCACGGGGAUUCCUCCAGCGGCGCGUCCCAGCUGGCCACCCCGCUCCCCAGCGCCACUUUCCAGAGCGUGCUGAGCAGCUACUUCCCACAGAAGGCCUUCCGCAGCGUGCCCGUGCCCACGCCCUCACUCAAGAGCGGGGCCUCUGCCGCCACCCCCCGGACCCCAAGAAAUCCCUCCAAAGCCGGGCCAUCGGCCUCUGUGGCUGUGUCCCAGAAAGGCCGUGGGGGUGAAGACCUCCCAUUCACAAACAAACGACCCAGGCUGGAGGCCAAGACAGCAUUUGACCACUUUUUUAUCAAGAAGGAGCAAGUUCCCCGUGGGCCUGGUGACGCAGAGAGAAGUUGGAGCCCAGGGGCCUCCACACUGGCUGCCAGCCACUCCUGUGGUCAGAGCCCAGUGGUCAGCUGCCCUGUCUGUCAGGAGGACGUGGCGGAGACGCAGAUCAACGAGCACCUGGACUUGUGUCUGGAAGGGACAGCGGGGAGGUCUGAGGCCACAGGGUCUGAGAUGGGGCGGGGCUCACCGUGGCCCGAGGUUCUGUGAUGGCAUCUGUCUGGUCUGAGCGUGCCAGGGUGGCCCUGGCCACAGGAGCCCCUCUGCCUCAGGGGGCCCCAGACACACAAGUUGUGGACACGGCCAGACCCCAUUCCAGAGAGCAGCCGUCCCUUUUGGCGGACCACACUCAGCCUGUGCUCGCCUCCGCCCGGCCCGCUGUGAUGUGCGCAAGACGGUGUAGAUGUCUUUCUUCCUCACUCCUCUCAGAGCUUUCCACUCGUGUCAGGGUCCUUGGGGGAUGCCUUCCUUCCUGUGCUUACGUCUGCCCCCCGAGCGCCAGUCACCACCAUGUCCUCAAGCACCGCUCCGGGCACACACACUGCCCCAGCGCAUACACAGCAGGGCCCUGCCGGUGUUGUUUAGGGUACUCAGGUUUUCUUGGGUCUUUUUCUUUCAAAAUCAUAACAGGAAAUUUUCUGUAUUUUAAAGAAUUUUCUACCUUUCCAAGAGGUGGCGACAGAUUUUAAAGAAUUUUCUAAUCAUAACAGGAAAUUUUCUGUAUUUUAAAGAAUUUUCUACCUUUCCAAGAGGUGGCGACAGAUUUUAAAGAAUUUUCUACAUUUUACAGUUGUUUUAAAGAUAAUUCUCUUCCACCUGCACUGAAGGUAGAGGUAGAAGGAAUGGAGCAGGGGAAGUCAAUUUUGGGGUGUUAUUAAGAACAGCCUCGCUAGCUCUGCAGACCAUGUUUUACACCGACUUUAGCUGUUGCCUGAGUUGAGCCACAUGAGUGGCGAAGGGGGGGCUGAGCGGAGGUGUGUGGCCCUGGCAUCCUGCCCGGUCAGGAGCAGCAGCAGCGGUGGGGCCCCAGCAUGGCCGCCUUGCCACUGCUCACUUCCCCUGUGUGGCAGCUCUGUCUCCCCACUGCCUUCGCUCCCUUCAGUGUUCUUUCACUGCUGCAAGGUAAUUUAUACUCAGGGAGGGGUGCAAGUCUCCAGUGUGAACUCGUGAGCUCAACUUCCUCCACAGCGCUCACCUUUUCUCUGCUCCCCAAGGUCCUGUGGCCGUGCUGUUCCCGAGGUCUCCACGUCUCACUGCAGGGAGCAGCUGCUAUGGUUUUGCCUGCUUUUUGCACUUUAAAAAUCAGUGCCUUUGCUGCCCCAUCCAUCCCUCUGCAGUGCUUCACUCACGCGAACUGGCCACUGAGUGACUCAGUUUGGAGGGGUUGUGGGUGGGGCUGUAGGAAGCUCCCCUCUCGUUUCUGUGGGUACACAGGGAUGGUGCUGGCUCUCGGGCUGAUGUUUGUUCCUCCCCUCCCAGCAGUACAAAUAUCUGUGGCUCAGUGAGCAACAGUUCUGAUGUUUCUUAGAACAUGCAGUUAAUAGUAUUAAAUAAUUACAUGACUAUUGGAAUGUGUAUUGAAUAUGUGCCAUUAUACUUUUACCUGUUUAAUAAGUUAUUUGCAAUAAAAUAGU